CUUUGAAUUGAGAAACGCCGACAGCUUCAGCACACGGACGAAGUAUCUAAGGCGCGCUUUUUUGUAGUCAAAUCUCCUGAAGAUUUUAGUUUUACCGCCGCCGACUGACGUCACUAACGUCCGCCAGCCGUCGCCUCAUAACUACGUAGUUUGGUGAAAGUGUAGUCGCAUGCUCGAAACAACGCGGUUGUCUUUUCCAAACUCCUCGUGAUUUCACCUUCCCAGCUUUUCUUUUUUUUCUUCUUCUUCUUCUUCUUCUGUAGACGUUUUACACAGAGGUCAAGGAAAAGUGAUUAAGACUAGGAGUUAGGAGGUAACCGCUAAGUUUUGGACUAUUCGACGCCAGCCAGUCGUUAUUUGUGAGCGAUAAAAUGGCGCAAAAAGGAGUUCAGCUGGACCGGGAGACCUUCUCUUGUUGCAUCUGUCUGGAUCUCCUGAAGGAUCCGGUGACUAUUCCCUGUGGACACAACUACUGCAUGAACUGUAUUAAAAGCCACUGGAAUAAAGAGGAUGUAAAGAAACUCUACAGCUGCCCUCAGUGUAGGCAGGACUUCACACCGAGGCCUGUCCUGGGGAAGAACACCAUGUUGGCAGAUUUAGUGGAGGAGCUGAAGAAGACUGGACUCCAAGCUGCUCCUGCUGAUCACUGCUAUGCUGGACCUGAAGAUGUGGCCUGUGAUGUCUGCACUGGGAGGAGACUGAAGGCGUUUAAGUCCUGUCUGGUAUGUUUGGCUUCUUACUGUAAGAAACAUCUUCAGCCUCAUUAUGACUCACCAACAUUUAAGAAACACAAGCUGGUGGACCCCUCCAACAAGCUCCAGGAGAACAUCUGCUCUCGUCACAAUGAGGUGAUGAUGAUCUUUUGCCGUACUGAUCAGCAGUGUAUCUGUUAUCUCUGCUUCAAGUAUGAACACAAAGGCCACAACACAGUCUUAGCUGUAGCAGAAAGGACCAAGAGGCAGAGAAAGCUGGAGGGGAGUCGACUAAACAUCUACCAGAGAAUCCUGAACAGGGAGAAAGACCUGAAGCUGCUCCAUCAGGAGGUGGAGGACAUCAACGUCUCUGCUGAUGAAACAGUGAAGCACAGUAAGAAGACCUUCACUGAGCUGAUCCGUCUCAUGCAGAAAAGUAGAUCUGAUGUGAAGCAGCAGGUCAGAUCCCAGCAGAGAACUGAAUUGAGUGGAGUCAAAAGGCUUCAGGAGAAGCUGGAGCAGGAGAUCACUGAGCUGAAGAAGAGCGACGCUGAGCUGGAGAAGAUCUCACAGUCAGAGGAUCUCAACCAGUUUCUACUCAACUACCCCUCACUGUCACCCCUCAGUGAGUCCAGAGACUCAUCCAGCAUCAACAUCCGUCCUCUGAGCUACUUUGAGGGCGUGUCAGACGCUGUUUCAGAAAUCAGAGAUGAACUACUGGAAUUCAUGGAAGAGGAAUGGCCAAACGUCUCACUGGCGUUGAGAGGAGUGGACGCUUCACGAUUGUCUCCAAUGGCAGAGGUCAAGAUCAAGAAACCUAAAUCAAGGAAAAAACGUCAGCCUCGUGAUGGAAAUGGUUGGAGUCAGCAUCGAGAUGGAAAUGGUUGGAGUCAGCAUGGUGAUGGAAAUGGUUGCAGACAGCCUUAUUUUGAUGAAGAAGAUUGGAGUGACUGAUCCUGAGUUGUAAACUAAAGUAGACAGCAGUCAUUUGAGGGUUAAACUGUGAAACUCAUUUAGUCUCCAUGUUUGUCUGAGAGCUGAUUGUUGAGGCGUUUCUUCGCUGCACUGAGAUCAGCUGUCAGUCAAACAUUCUGGCUGCUACUUCAACAUCUUCUCGAGUUGUUCUGUACAUGUUUGAGUUCCUGUAGGUGGCGCUCUUUCCAGUGUCUGUUUAUCCAUGGAGGCUCUCAUGAUGACGUUUGUUAUCAUUUUGUUGAGUUUGAUGCCAUUGUAAUCUUCACCGAGCUCUAAAUGUCUGAUUUAAUAUUUCUGUUGAUGCUUUUCUACUGUUGUUUAUCUUCCGAUGCAUGUUUAUGAAGAGAGGAACUCAUCAUCUUUAACGUGGCUGAGUCUCAGGUCACACUGAUUGUGUGGAUGAAGUGAAUCUGUCCUUGGAAUCAUUGAUCAAGAGUCAUUUCACAGACUUUACUGAUGUGUGUGAGAACAAACUGAAUGUUUACAUGAUGAAUAAACAAAUAUGAAAAAGUA